UUGAAAAAUGCUGCAGUCUUUCAGCGGAAAAUCAGAUUAAACUUGCGCUGUGAACUUAAAGUUUGUUGAAACGGAACGUUAUCAUUAGGAAAAAUGGUUGAUAAAUUCGUGGGAACAUGGAAGAUGACCACCAGCGAAAACUUUGACGAGUACAUGAAGGCAAUAGGUGUGGGUUUCGCUACUCGUCAGGUGGGAAACAGAACCAAACCGAAUCUGGUCGUGUGUCUGGAUGAUGAAGGGUUCAUAUGCAUGAAAUCACAGAGCGCCUUCAAAACUACGGAGAUGAAAUUCAAACUGAACGAGUCAUUCGAGGAGACCACUGCAGAUGAUAGAAAGACUACGACCGUCGUGACCAUUGAGAAUGGCAAACUUGUGCAAAAACAGAACUGGGAUGGCAAAGAGUCCACGAUAGAGAGGGAGGUGACAGAUGGAAAAUUAGUAGCUAAAUGCACUAUGGGCGAUGUUGUGGCUGUACGGACAUAUGUGAAGGAGGCAUGAGGUUAUCCAUUCUGGAUUUGAAGAUGCCAGGCUCAGUUCAAUGAGCAAAAAGCCAAAGUGACACAUUAUUGCUUUUACCAAAAAUCUAAUUUUGUUUUUGACACCAAAGCAAAUGUGGGCUGACCAUUUUAAAAUGCAUUUAUUAUAAGUCUUCAUGGUGCUUUGAAUAAAGUUGUUUUUAUUUGCUUUCA